AUGAAUUUACUUAAUUCUAUCCUAAAUUUUAAAACGCUUUUAUAUUAUACAUUUUUGAUAACAUUAUCUGUAGCUUUAACCUUGUCACAUGGUAAAUUAUACAGCAAACUGAUAUGGAAACCAUCUCCACUCUGCUCUGAUUCGGUGAAAAAAUCUCUGGCUUUCAACAAAACUGGGGAUAAUAAUUUCUUUGCUAAUCCGAAAAAAUAUAUUUUGGAAUGUGGUGUCAGGUGCCAGCUGUCGAAUGGGUCAUGUUCAGCCUUCCAAGUGAACGUGGGGAGUUCUGCAAGUGUUGUUGGGAAAUAUGAUGUGUCUUGCUCUCAUUUCAUGGGACUUCCCGAUGGUUUGAGCAAGAGUCUUCAGAAUAACUGUUUCCUCUUGUCGGCAGUUGAAAAUCAAGCCAUUUACAUGAACAUAGCCUCGUGGGGAGGUAAUGACAUAUCCCCAUAUUCAAUAGAGGCGAAUGAAUUGAACACAGUGAACAUGGAACAUGCAUGUCAGUUGGGUAUCAACAGAGGUGCCAACUUCUACAGGCUAGAUAUGCAGAAGAUGAUGUUGUACGAUUUUUGUAACUUUGAUCUCUAUGGAAAUCUGACUCAUGUUACGAUGAUGACAAAUUAUUUAAAGAACACACCACUGGGCACAGUAGUUGUCGGGCAAACGUGCGACGAACCCCAUAACUUAAUUUCCUAUGCUGUUCCAUACUUGAAAAGCGUCAACCUGGAUGUCAGCAGCAUGCUGUGGAGAGGGAAGUGGUUGUUCGUCUGGCAGCAGGGCGCCUACCAAAAAGCCAUCUCGUUUGUCGACAAUUCCAACUUGCCUUUAUCCAAACAGUUUGUCAUUUAUAAUUCAGCCAGCAACCAGUUUGAUUGGACAGGUGUCAAGAUGCAGGCCUUAAACUAA